AUGUCCCCGUACUAUGUGUCGUACUAUAUCCCGUACUAUGUCCCGUACUAUAUCCCAUACUAUGUGCCGUACUAUGUGCCGUACUAUGUGCCGUACUAUGUCCCGUACUAUGUGCCGUACUAUGUCCCGUACUAUAUCCCGUACUAUGUGCCGUACUAUGUCCCGUACUAUGUGUCGUACUAUAUCCCGUACUAUGUCCCGUACUAUAUCCCGUACUAUGUGCCGUACUAUGUGCCGUACUAUGUGCCGUACUAUAUCCCGUACUAUGUGCCGUACUAUGUCCCGUACUAUGUGUCGUACUAUAUCCCGUACUAUGUCCCGUACUAUAUCCCGUACUAUGUGCCGUACUAUGUACCGUACUAUGUACCGUACUAUGUGCCGUACUAUGUACCGUACUAUGUGCCGUACUAUGUCCCGUACUAUGUGCCGUACUAUAUCCCGUACUAUGUCCCGUACUAUGUCCCGUACUAUGUGCCGUACUAUUAUGUGCCGUACUAUGUGCCGUACUAUGUCCCGUACUAUGUGUCGUACUAUAUCCCGUACUAUGUCCCGUACUAUAUCCCGUACUAUGUGCCGUACUAUGUGCCGUACUAUGUACCGUACUAUGUCCCGUACUAUAUCCCGUACUAUGUGCCGUACUAUGUGCCGUACUAUGUGCCGUACUAUAUCCAGUACUAUGUGCCGUACUAUAUCCCGUACUAUUAUGUGCCGUACUAUAUCCCGUACUAUGUGCCGUACUAUAUCCCGUACUAUAUCCCGUACUAUAUCCCGUACUAUGUCCCGUACUAUGUGCCGUACUAUGUGCCGUACUAUGUGCCGUACUAUAUCCCGUACUAUGUCCCGUACUAUAUCCCGUACUAUAUCCCGUACUAUGUCCCGUACUAUUAUGAGCCGUACUCAGUGCCGUUCUGUGUGCCGUACUAUGUGCCCUUCUAUGUCCCGUACUAUGUGCCGUACUAUGUGCCGUACUAUGUCCCGUAG